AUGGCCGGCACAGGGAAAGAGCGUAAGAAGGUUGCUGUUCUUCUCGAGAAGGAAGCCGAAAUUCAGAAGUUAUGGGAGGAAAACAAAGUGUUCGAGAUAGAUGCUGACAGCAAAGAUUCGCCGAAGUACUUAACUACCUUCCCAUACCCGUACAUGAAUGGACGCCUCCAUCUUGGUCACACUUUUACACUUUCUAAAUGCGAGUUUGCUGUGGGUUAUCAACGACUUAUUGGGAAAAGAUGUUUGUUUCCAUUCGGCUUUCAUUGUACAGGAAUGCCUAUAAAGGCUUGUGCUGACAAGCUGAAGCGGGAGAUGGAAGACUUCGGAUAUCCUCCACAGUGA